GCAGGCAGCUGCGAAAGCCGGGAAGAUGUCCUCGCCCUCGUCCCGCUCCUGCAGUGAGCGGCUCUAUUCAUAAAAACGGAACCUGGAACGGCACUCCCCGGGGCGAAGGUGGUAUCAGUACAUGUCGUGGGGCCAGAGAAGCUAGAUCCAGGUAUUGCAGGGAUGCAGCUGUUCUGCAAAUCUAUGGUGUAAACUGGUUCCCCACGUGCCAACCUGUUUUGAGCUAGAGCAGCCGCCCAGUCAGCCCAGCCGUUGCCUUGGAUAUGGCCACUAACUUUUCCUUCUCCAGGACUCGGCCUCGGAAAAGGUUGUGGGCAAGGCUAUGAGGACUGUCCCUUUUCUCCCAGGCUGACUCGGGAUAUCCCGGAGUCCCCGGAGAGGCUGCCACUCUGACGUCUGGGGAGACAGGCCCUAAGCCCCGGCUGGCUAUGAAGAGUGACUUCUCGACACCUGCAGCCCCCCUUAGGGGGCUCGGGGGGCCCCUGAGGAGCAGUGAGCCUGUGCGUGCCGCCCCAGCCCCGUCGGCAGCCGUGGUUCUGCUGGAGGAGGCGGCAGACCUCUUAGUUGUACACCUGGACUUCGGGGCGGCGCUGCAGACCUGUGAACGCGCCUUGCCGAGCUUGGCCAACCUUGAUGCGGGCACUUCCUUGGAGGUGAAGUGCUCCCUGUGUAUUGUGGGGAUCCAGGCCCUGGCAGAAAUGAAUCGGUGGCGGGAAGUCCUGUCUUGGGUUCUUCAGUAUUACCAGGUUCCUGAAAAGCUACCCCCCAAAGUCUUGGAGCUCUGUGUUCUUUUAUACAGCAAAAUGCAAGAGCCUGGAGCUAUGCUGGAAGUGGUCAGUGCCUGGCUGCAAGACUCAGACAAUCAGGACCUUCCAGAAUACAGAGCCUUGGCAGAACUUCACCUACAGCGGGUGCUGCUACCCCUGGGCUGCUUGUCAGAGGCUGAGGAGCUAGUGGUGGGCUCUGCAGGCUUCAGUGAGGAACAGCGGCUGGACGUACUCCAGGCCAUUAGUAAGGCAAGGCAACAGCAGAAACACCAACGCUUGGGCUCUGAGGAGGCCCAGAAGCUGAACCAGGAAGGCUCCUUCUCCCACAAGUUCCUGUCACUACUGAUGUUGCUCCGCCGGCUUUGGGAUUCUACAGUGAGCCACUUCUUUUCCCUGCCCUUCAAAAAGAGCCUCCUGGCUGCCUUGAUCCUCUGCCUCUUGGUGGUAAGGUUUGAUCCAGCUUCUCCUUCAUCCUUGCCCUUCCUCUGCAAGCUGUCUCAGCUCUUCCAUCGGAUUCAGGAAGCCAUAUUUUCUCUCUACCGGCUUCCUAUCCAUGACUGAGUGGUCUUUCCCAUUCACCUCAACCUUGCUAAUCCCCAAGUUUGCUGUGACAGAAGCAGAGUAACUCAUCCAUGGCGUCCUAUUUCCUGUUGCUGGCUGGGCCCCCAUAGGAGUGGGGCCAGCCCGAUUCUAGAAAGAGCUGAUCCAGUAUGGUGAACUGUGUUUUGCCACCUGAAUGUUUUCCACUUUGCACCCUACUUUGGCUGAUAUUGGUAGGAAAUGUGGAAACAAAGGGGGCCAGAGAGCUCAAGUCCUCCAGAAUAGUAUUCCCUUUUACCAGGGGCCCCUCAUAAAGGAGGGGUUUGGGAAAGGAGACUAUAUCCGUGAAAUAUUUCAUCUUCUUGGCCAAGGCAAGGGGUUGAUUUUUCAGGUCAGCAGGCUAAUGAAGCUGGAAGUUCAGAAAACUCUGAUGGAAUGACCUUGGCCUUUUACUUUCUUGAAAAACUUACCUUUGAGAUUUGCUUCACAGGGCAGGUCCUUAAUUAGGCAGAGUGUGAGGAUCUGAGAGGGCCUUUUACUUCUCCUCUAUGCUCCUCUCCACAGAUCUGGUCUAAUUAUUCCUGUGGUUUUGCAAUGGGCUUGAAGCUGCAUGGGCCCUCUCUUUUUAGACCAGGACAUGGCUUUCAGAACCACCCAGGUCACUUUUGAAAGCAAAGUAAGGCUGCUCUGCCCUUCUCACUGGGGAAAAUGAUCCUGCUUGGUGCCUCUUGGGCUUCAGCUCAAUUUUCCAGGUUGUCAGUGGCCAAGUCCUGCUCUAUUACACACUCAGCAUUCCUGUGCUCUCUUUCUUCCUGUCAGUCCCUUCCCCCUGCUCUGCAAUAGUAUUUUUGUACUUUGUCUGAUGGCUGUUUUACCAGGUUCUACCUGUAUCUUUGGUUCCUCAGUACAUAUUGUUGCUGGUCUGCCAACCCCUUCUAUGUCCUGUUGUUCUAAUUAUAUUUUAUUGUUUGUAUAAUGUAGAAGUCUUUCUGCUUGUGUGGCCUUGAAAAGUAGGUUAGCCUUAGAGGCCGAUGAGCUGAAAAUGGAACUGGGUAAUCAGGUGAGCUGGAAGGGAUAUGUGGAGGGAGUAGUGCAGAGGGAAGACAUGGGUUUUGAAGGCAAUGAACGAUUUUAUUCAUUGUUAGGGGGAGGAGGCAUUGGAGCCAUAGCAUUUGAGUAUUUGAAAUGUUUCAGUGUUUUCUGUCACUGGCUGCGAGAAUCUUACAUGUGUCUGUGCAAGUAUAUGUACACAAUACUACACUGUCAGAAUUAUGAAAGGCUUCCUGAAGGAGUUAGCCUUUCUGAGGCUGAAGGCCAAACAAACCAUUCCUUCCUGGGGCUCUGGGCAGUGUUGAUGCCGGAAUAUAGGAGAUGCGUUUAGUAGUUUUCCAUAGGUUCCUCUUCAGGAGUUCCAAGUCAAUAACUUCUCUUUAGUAAAAUGGG